UCUUACUGAUAUAUAUGACGGAAGAAUCUGGAAGACUUUUCAGGAUCCAAAUGAAGAUUUACCAUUUUUCUGGGAAGAGUUAUCGAAUAGUAAUUUGGAGCUAAUGAUAAAUCUAGAUUGGUUCCAACUAUUCAAUAACUCUCAGUAUAGUGUUGGAGCAAUCUAUGCUGUAAUUUGCAACCUUCCACGUGAUGAAUGA